CCCAGAUAACCUUCCUAUGACUCCUCCUAUAUAAAUAUAAUAAAUCCCUCUCGUACGUACACGAUCGUCCUGCUCGCUUUUCAGCUCUAUAAUCCUCACUCCCCAGCGGCCAAUAUCAACACCACAGACAACAUGCCUACCUCCACCCUCUCCCCGGAUCAACGACCCCCUUACCCGCCCUUCACUCUCGAGACUGCGAAGCAGAAAGUUAAAGCCGCGCAGGCAGCGUGGAACACAAAAGACCCAAAGCGCGUCGCCCUCGCCUACACACCCGACACCAUCUGGCGUAACCGCGACCGCUUCCUCCAAGGCCGCGAGGAGAUCGAAGCCUUCCUGACCCACAAAUGGUUCGUCGAGAGCGGGUAUAGGUUAAGGAAGGAACUAUUUGCUUUUUCGGGGAAUAAGAUUGCAGUACAGUUCUGGUAUGAGCAUCAUGACACCUCUGGGCAGUGGUUCCGCACCUACGGCCUAGAAGACUGGACGUUCGCACCUGAUGGACGCAUGGAGAAGCGCAUGAUGAGCGCGAACGACGUGGCCAUCACAGAGGAGGAGAGGUGGUUUAAAGAUGGAGUUGAUGUGGAUAGUGUUGAGAUUAGUGCGAAGCAUUGGUAGAUCCACUGUGGGCUGGAAUCAGAAGUGCGAAGAGAGCAGACUGUGGGUAAAAAAAUGGGAACUGGAAAAGGAAGUCGACUUUGAGUAUGGCUGCGGAAAAGGGGGGGGAAUCUACAGUACUUCUUUGUUCCAAUAAUGGUAUAUACUCAAAUCAAAGGCCCUCGCUAUACGGAUACGGCUCAGAUCAUCUCAUCGUGGCUUGCUGAACAACAAACCAAUGCAGGUCCCAUGUCUUACGUGGCUCACUAAGCCCCCGACUUAGCCAGGGAAAAUGGG